AUGCCGAUGGCUGACGCAACCCCGGAUACGUACACUGCAUACCAUCCCAAAGUACAUGGACUGAAGCCUUGUCUAUACGACGCUUUUGAUCAUCGCAUCGGAGAGCUCCAUGUCCGAGGUCCUGACCGCUUGUACCGUACAAUAAUCUUCCAAGCCACUCCUCCUUUCAUCUCGCACCAGGCCGAUGCCGAUGGUCUGUUGCAACAACACUGGAGAGUAGGUCUGUUCAGCUGGGUUGGCCUGGAUGAUGUAAUCACGGCGACUGUAUCGACAAUACUCACGAGCUCCAUAACUACGAGUCUCACAGACACUCUCACCUUGACUCUGACGAACGAUGUUACAACCAUUCAAGAAACGACCUUAGUGGAUGGUCAAACUGCAACUAGUACUUUCACCACUGACACCACAAUCACCACCACUGCUUCCGAAACAACAACAAUUACGGUGACCGCAUCCACAGUCACCAUUCCUGCCGUUGUUCCACGAUCUGCUGCCAUCGAUGAGAGAGGAGCUCCACCCAAGAAGCCUGCCUGCCCCAAGGAGUGUGCUAACACGUUGUCCUUCUCCUCUGCCUGUGCGUGCAUUCGCGCAAAGACAUCUACUGUCCACGUGGCGGGGCCAACAGUCACUGUAACUCGAAAUCUCAGCGCGGUACUUUCAACACAAAAGAUCUUCACGCAGCUUGUUACUUUGACAACGAGUGUCGCUGUAACGAACAGCAAGACCUCUGUCCAGACAGAUACGAGCACAUCAGUAACAAUCUUGAUCACGGCAGACGUGAAGACCAGCUUCGUUACCACGACCACCACUCUUACCUCAACCGAAACCCAGACGCCAUCAUGCAGUCUCUCUACCAGUACUGCUCAGCCCACGAACUACGUGGUGAAUGCGAAUCUCGACAGCAAUUGGCAGAGCUCCUUCAGCGACGGUCCAUGGACCAUAGUAGGAGGAGGCGCAUCGUACUACAAUGGCGCGCAAUACGCACAAUCUGCGCCAAUCUUCUGGUUCUUUCUCAAACCAUCCCUACCUAAGCUCUGCACAGUCACAGACAGCGCUUCAUCCUGCACUCUCUAUCAGGACAUCGUCCUCCCGACCGACACGACCUAUACCGUCUCGGCUUACAUCCGUCCUUACGCCCUUUACCCAGUCCCAUACGACUCCUCGGUGCCUCAGUACUGCACGUUCUCGCUCAACUUUGGAUCGGGUCUCAACUCUUCGGAGACUUAUACACAAUCCAAUGGAACUGUGAGCGGCUACAGACAGAUCUCGUUCAGUGGUGUUCGGGGAUAUGUCGGUAACGGGAUCGUUGACACUGUUUCGGUGACGGCGGAAAUUCCUGAGACGACAUCAUUAGCAACAAAAUUACAAAAUGGAUAA